GUUUACAACUGGAGCACCCUCCAACACAAUUCUUAAAGUGGAGGCUGCUGACAUCGCUGUGAUUGUUGUCUACUUUGUCUUUGUCAUGGUGGUUGGAAUCUGGUCAGCAGUACGAGCCAAUCGCAGCACCAUAAGGGGUUACUUCUUGGCUGGCCGUUCAAUGACCUGGUGGCCUAUUGGAGCCUCGUUGAUGUCCAGUAAUGUUGGCAGUGGUUUAUUUAUUGGCCUGGCAGGAACCGGAGCAGCUGGAGGCAUCGCUGUUGGGGGAUUUGAAUGGAAUGCAGCGUGGGUCCUUGUGGCUCUGGGAUGGAUCUUUAUCCCGGUCUACAUCUCUGCUGGUGUGGUGACCAUGCCUGAAUACUUGGCUAAACGCUUUGGAGGCCAGAGGAUACGCAUAUACAUGUCUGUUUUGUCACUCAUACUCUACAUCUUUACAAAAAUAUCAACAGAUAUUUUUUCAGGGGCACUGUUCAUCCAGGUGUCUUUGGGCUGGGACAUCUAUCUAUCAACUGGCGUACUGCUGAUCAUUACUGCUGCUUACACUGUGGCAGGUGGUUUGGCAGCAGUAAUUUACACUGAUGCUCUCCAGACUUUGAUCAUGGUUGGGGGAGCCUUUGCACUGAUGUUCAUUGCAUUCGCCAGAGUUGGCUGGUACGAAGGCCUCGUUGACCGUUAUAUGACAGCUGUUCCCGCAGUGACGGUUGACAAGACCACCUGCCACCUACCUCGUAGUGAUGCCUUCCACUUGUUCAGAGACCCCAUUUCAGGGGAUAUACCCUGGCCAGGUUUGGUGUUCGGGCUUGUUUUAUCUACCUGGGUCUGGUGCACUGAUCAGGUUAUAGUCCAGAGGUCCCUUUCAGCCAAGUCUUUGUCUCAUGCAAAAGCAGGCAGUGUGAUGGGUGGCUACCUCAAACUGCUGCCCAUGUUCUUCAUUGUCAUGCCGGGCAUGAUCAGCCGAGCACUUUUUCCUGAUGAAGUAGGAUGUGUAGAUCCAGAGGUGUGUCAAAAGGUUUGUGGAGCAUCAGUUGGUUGUUCGAAUAUUGCCUACCCUAAACUGGUGGUGGAGCUAAUGCCAGUAGGUCUUCGUGGUUUGAUGCUAGCAGUAAUGUUAGCAGCUCUGAUGUCAUCACUGACCUCCAUCUUUAACAGCAGCUCAACUAUUUUUACAUUGGACCUAUACCAUAAAGCCAGACCUAAAGCUUCAGAGAGAGAACUCAUGAUUGUUGGAAGGGUGUUUAUCCUGGUUUUGGUGUGUGUUAGCCUGUUGUGGAUUCCAGUCAUCCAAACAGCCAAUAGUGGACAGCUCUUCGAUUAUAUCCAGGCAGUGACCAGCUUUCUAGCUCCACCUAUUACAGCAGUGUUUCUGAUGGCUAUCUUUUGGUCGCGUGCCAACGAGCAGGGUGCGUUCUGGGGUUUGAUGACUGGACUAGUCGUGGGACUAAUUCGUAUGGUUCUGGAGUUCUCCUAUGGUUCUCCUCGCUGUGGUCAGAGCGAUCAUCGUCCUGCUGUCCUGGCCGAUGUCCACUACCUGUACUUUGCCCUCAUCCUGUUGGCUCUCACCUGCCUUGUUAUUGUUAUCAUAAGCUUGGCUACUUCCCCAAUACCUAAAGAACAUCUGUUUAGACUGACCUGGUGGUCCAGAUAUAGCCAGGAGCCACGGAUCGACCUCACAAGUGCCCAGAUUACUUCUGAUACAGUGAGCUUUGACUUGGGUACUGAUUCUAACCAUUUGCCAAAAUCCUCAUGGUGUUCAAGAGCAAUGCUUUGGGUCUUUGGUCUGACUGGUGGAAGCACAGGCUCUGUACCUCUGGUGGCUGAGGACAGUGAACUGAACUCCCUGCAGGAGGAGCCAUUCUGGAGAAGUGUCUGCAAUGUGAAUGCUCUGAUACUACUGGCUGUCAAUGUGUUUCUCUGGGGGUACUUUGUCUGAAAUGCAAGUUCUAGAAAUGAUGAAUGAUUUGUCGUGAGUAAGGUUAGACUUGUGUCUGACUUUUGAUUAAAUGUUUUGGUUAAAUGAAAAACUUUGUCCAGCGGUUGUACAAAUCACCCUGGAGCAGAGGCAA